CGGUGUACACAGCCGGUCCGGGCGGUGUGCUGGGGGCCGGGGCGCGUCGCAGAUGAUGAAACUGAGGCACAGAGAGGUUAAAGAACUUGCCAAGGUCACAUAGCUGGAAAUGACUUAGAGGCCUUACAAAUACAUCGGCGCAUUCUUGCUUCAGACUUUACAAUUGAGGGCCAGCCCAGUCUGGAAGCACCUCUUAUUACUGUUACAAGGAAACUGCUACCUCAGCAAACAAAGAGAAAGGAGGAGGAGACUUAUAAUAACAAAUGCCAUUUUUUAAAAAAACGCUUGUUUUCAGAAAACAUCAAAGGAAAUUUGGAAAUGUUUCGCAUUGAGAAGAAGCUUUGCAGGUGAAUGGAUUUGGCAGGCAGGCUCUGUCAACAUUCUGCAGAGGUUUGAUCUUCCUUCUUCAGGACCUAGUGUGAAGUAACUGGGCUGCUUUUUAAAUUGCUGUUGAUCAGCUUGUGGGUUUGGGGGUUCUAACUUUUCUGGUAUAUUGAAGAUACAUUAUAUUACAUUUUUUAAAAGUUAAGUUAUUUUUCUGCCAUUGUAAAUACAAGUACCAAAAUAUUCUUGCAAAGCAAUUAUAAGUAAACAUUUUUCUCGGCAAGCAUAUCUUUUUAUUAAGAGAGUGGAAUGCUAACAGUUCCUAUACAGCAUUUUGGACACAUGUUUAUUUUUGGUCAGGGGUCCUGCCUACACUGAAAAUAUUAAUUACAUAAACCUGUCGUUCUUGCAUCUACUUUGGGUCACAUGGUCACCUGCCUCAUGGAAAUGCCUUUUUUAAAACUUAGAUUUGCAGAACUCCACUAUUUUUAUACCUAGCUACAGUUCUGGGGGGAAAGAAAAUAGAAUCAGGACCCUGACCCGCUCACGGUCGCUGGGACAGCCACCCCUCCCGCAUGUAUUGCUGCAGCGCCCAGGACAGUAAAAUGGACUACAAGCGGCGCUUCCUGCUUGGCGGGUCCAAGCAGAAGGUGCAGCAGCACCAGCAGUACCCGAUGCCUGAGCUGGGCCGAGCACUGAGUGCUCCCCUGGCGUCGACGGCCACCACCGCCCCCCUGGGCAGCCUGACCGCUGCGGGCAGCUGCCACCACGCCAUGCCCCACUCCACUCCCAUCGCCGACAUCCAGCAGGGCAUCUCCAAGUACCUGGAUGCCCUCAACGUCUUCUGCCGUGCCAGUACUUUCCUCACGGAUCUCUUCAGCACUGUGUUUAGGAACUCUCACUACUCCAAGGCAGCCAUGCAGCUUAAAGAUGUGCAGGAGCACGUCAUGGAAGCAGCCAGUCGGCUGACUUCAGCCAUAAAGCCCGAGAUCGCCAAGAUGCUGAUGGAACUUAGUGCUGGGGCCGCAAACUUUACAGAUCAGAAGGAAUUCAGCCUCCAGGACAUUGAGGUGUUGGGGCGAUGUUUCCUGACAGUGGUACAGGUCCAUUUCCAGUUUUUGACCCAGGCAUUACAGAAGGUCCAGCCAGUGGCUCACUCGUGCUUUGCCGAGGUCGUCGUGCCAGAAAAGAAGAAUGGCGGUGGCGGCGGGUUAUCUGGCAUGAGCCACACACCCGAACUGGAGGAAGCUGUGCGAUCCUGGCGGGGGGCUGCUGAGGCGACAUCGAGACUGAGGGAAAGAGGCUGUGACAGCCGCCUGGCGGGCAUUGAGGUGCAGCAACUCUUCUGUUCUCAGAGUGCGGCCAUUCCCGAGCACCAGCUCAAGGAACUGAACUUGAAAAUUGACAGCGCUUUGCAAGCAUAUAAAAUAGCUCUGGAAAGCUUAGGCCACUGUGAAUAUGCAAUGAAAGCUGGUUUCCACCUGAAUCCAAAGGCAAUUGAAGCCAGUUUACAGGGCUGCUGUAGCGAGGCCGAGGCGCAGCAGACAGGGCGGAGGCAGACCCCCCCGCAGCCCAUGCAGUGUGAGCUUCCCACCGUCCCUGUGCAGAUAGGAUCACACUUCCUGAAGGGCGUCUCCUUCAACGAAUCUGCCGCCGACAACCUGAAACUUAAGACGCAUACGAUGUUGCAGCUCAUCAAGGAGGCGGGCUGCUACAAUGGAAUUACACCCAGGGACGACCUUCCUGUGACCGAAGUACUGAACCAGGUGUGCCCGUCCACGUGGCGGGGCGCCUGCAAGACUGCUGUGCAGCUGCUGUUCGGCCAGGCUGGUCUGGUGGUAGUUGACACAGCACAGAUUGAAAAUAAAGAAGCCUAUGCCCCCCAAAUCAGUUUAGAGGGCUCCAGAAUUGUGGUUCAAGUCCCAUCCACAUGGUGCCUGAAAGAGGACCCUGCGACCAUGUCCCUGCUGCAGAGAAGCCUGGAUCCGGAGAAGACCCUGGGGCUGGUGGACGUGCUCUACACGGCUGUGCUGGACCUCAACCGCUGGAGGGCAGGGAGGGAGCAAGCUUUACCCUGCAUACAGAUCCAGCUUCAGAGGGAGAUCUGUGAUUUUGGGAAUCAGGCUGACCUGCCUUCUGGGAAUGGAAACAAAUCUUCAGGUGGUCUGCAGAAGACGUUCUCCAAACUGACAUCCCGGUUCACCAAGAAAGCUUCGUGUACCAGCUCCAGCAGCAGCACAAAUUAUUCCAUCCCAAAUACCCCUUCCAAAAACAUCUUCAUAGCUGGGUGUUCAGAAGAGAAGGCCAAAAUGCCCAGCAAUAUUGAUUCAAGGUUACAAAGCAUUUUGAACAUUGGUAAUUUCCCCAGGACUACAGACCCCUCACAGUCCACUCAGAAUCCCGGUAAUCAAAUGGCCAAUGGUUUUCUCAUGGAGAGGCGUGACAACUUCCUGCAAGGGGACGAUGGCAAGGAUGAGAAGGGUAUGAACUUACCAACCGAUCAGGAAAUGCAGGAGGUGAUAGAUUUUCUCUCGGGCUUUAACAUGGGCCAGUCACAUCAGGGCUCCCCAUUGGUGACAAGGCGUAAUUCUGCUGCCACAGCCAUGGUGACUGAACAGAAGGCAGGAGCCAUGCAGCCACAGCAGCCACCACUGCCGGUGCCCCCUCCACCACGGCCGCCCCAGGCUGGGGCCCACACUCCUCUGACACCCCAGCCAGGCCUGGCAGCUCAGCAGCAGUCCCCAAAGCAACAACAGCCCCAGCUCCAAUACUACCAACACCUGCUCCAACCCAUUGGACCUCAGCAACCCCCACCCCAGCCUCGGGCCCCUGGGAAAUGGGUACAUGGCUCAUCCCAGCAGCCAGCACAGCCUGUUGGAGCAGGUCUGUCUCCUCUUGGCCAGUGGCCUGGCAUAUCUGAUCUCAGUUCUGACUUGUACAGCUUGGGUCUGGUGAGCAGCUAUAUGGAUAAUGUGAUGUCGGAGGUUUUGGGGCAGAAGCCACAGGGACCUAGAAAUAACACCUGGCCAAACCGUGACCAAAGUGAUGGAGUCUUUGGAAUGUUGGGGGAGAUUCUGCCUUUUGAUCCUGCAGUGGGUUCAGACCCCGAGUUUGCACGCUAUGUGGCAGGAGUGAGCCAGGCAAUGCAGCAGAAAAGGCAAGUUCAACACGGUCGCCGCCCAGGCAACCCCCGGGGCCACUGGCCACCCAUGGAUGAUGCCCAUCGGACCUGGCCUUUCCCGGAGUUCUUCACAGAAGGGGACGGCCUACACAGUGGCUGGUCGGGUGCUCAGGCAGACUCUGCCAGCUCAAGUGAUGAGACGUCCUCCGCCAACGGAGACAGCUUGUUCUCCAUGUUUUCAGGGCCCGACCUCGUUGCUGCUGUCAAGCAGAGAAGGAAACACAGCAGUGGAGAACAGGAGACCAGCACACUGCCCUCACCACCUCUUCUUAGCACCGUGGAGGACGUGAACCAGGAUAACAAAACCAAAACGUGGCCACCCAAAGCACCCUGGCAACACCCUUCCCCGGUGCCCAGCACGCUGCCGAGCCCUAGCGCACCUCUGUACGCAGUCGCCGGCCCCGGCAGCCAGUGGAACGACACCAUGCAGAUGCUGCAGUCCCCGGUGUGGGCCGCGACCAGCGAUCGCAGCGCCACCUCCUUCACCUACGUGCAGACCCCACCGCAGCCUCCGCCCCCACCAGCCCACAAGGCAGCGCCCAAGGGGUUCAAGGCCUUCCCCGGGAAGGCUGAGCGCCGGCCGGCCUACUUGCCCCAGUACUGACCCAGGGCCGGCCUGCCCACCCAGAGCUGUUGGGGCCAGCAUCCCCACCCUGACUAGCUGGCACCAGCCCCCCCAGAGGACCAGUGCACCCCUGUCCCAGGCAGGGCUCCUUGGGGAUGGGGGUAGUUGGCAGCUCCAAGCCUUCAAGGCCUGGCUUCUCAAACUUUGGAGGCAUCGGACCCCUGGAGGGCCAGCUGGAGACAGGUUUCUGACCCUCAGGGAGAUGCUGGGGGAUCUUCGAGCUUAAUAAGCUCCUCCGGUGAUUCUGAUGCAGGUGGGCCAGAGGCCACACUUUGAGAAACACAGCUCUCUAGUUUGUAGUCCCACUGUGUGUGUUGGGAAGGCAUCAGGCCUAAAGGCUGAGAGCAAAACUGACCAUUCUUCUGAAACCCUCCCCUCCCCCUUCUUAACGCAUUGAGUGAUGACCACACCAGUCACUGUAUUUUAUAGCUAUUUUUCAUAUAGGUUUUUAGUUAAAACAUCUCCUGCCCCAAAUGCAUUGAAGAUUUUAAGAUAACAAAUAUAGAGGCCGGAGGUUUGUUCAACACUAUCUUUAUUUAAGCUUAAACAAAAUGGGCACAGUAUAGAAUAUUUGUGAUCGGAAGCAAUCACCUGGGUUUUCUGUGGGUGGGCAGCCCCUCGCCACCCCAGCAGCACCCAAGGGGUGCAGUCUUUACCAGAUUUACAAAAGCAGGAUCGUAAAACUGAUGUCAGAGGCGUAUUCCUGAUGGUGCAUGGAGAUGAGCCAGCUGGCUGCUGUCCGUGUGCAGAGUCAGGCUGCACCUGCUGCCCUCAGAUCCACACAUGGCCAGAGGCUUUGACACGGUCUCGGAACGUGGGGGUGUGGUCAGGAGGCUGCACAGACGCACCUGCACUUGAAAUUGCAGUAACAUUUGUGAGCUGGCUCAAGACAAACCAAUUACGAUGUAGACAGGAAUUAAUUUAAAGUCUUUUCUUUAGAAAAACACAAACAAAAAACCACCUCAUUUUCAGUUAACAUGUGCCAUUAAAUAGAUGACAUCCUGUGGAUUUAAGGAUAUAUUCCAGCCAGAAUGGAUCCAGAAGAAUUGAAUGGUGCUUAAAUUGAGAAAUAAUAAUAAAUAUAUCUAUAUAGAAUAGACAUAUCCCACUGUAUAUUAAUUGAGGUUACAGAAGUUCUUUAUAUAAAACUUAUUUAAAUUUUUCAUAUUUCAUCUUUGAAAAAGUCUAAUUGAGAAAAAUCCAUAAUAUUUUCUGGUAUGAAAGUUUGACAGUAUUAAUAUUUUUUUUAUAUUUUCUUAAAUCAUUAAACCAUUUUAAUAUAUAUGUUAACUACUAAUAAAUGGUUUAUUCUUUCUAACUCCACAUAAGCUUUUCCAGCGAAGAUUGUAAUAACACAUUUAUGUUCUCAUUUUUCUACGGAUAUAAGUAAAUUUAUAUUUAAAAAUACCAAAAAGAAAAAAGAUAUACGUAUAUGUAUGUAUACACACCAAUUCUAGAGGACCCUUAGGGUGUCUGAGCCCAGCCAUCUGAGUUCUUAGCACUGUGUUGCCAGGCUGCUCCCAGGGCUCGGGUGUCGUCUUUUGUGCUGUGGGGGUUGCCAUUGCUGCCUGUACUUCUGAUCCUUUCACCGCGGGUUCCGAACAUUCACCUCACCACGUUUACAGAGAACUAUUUUGUACAUAGACUUUUCCAGGCACGUGCUUUGCGCCCACCCCGCGUGGCCCUUGUCUGUGUUAGCCGUCGGUGUGUGCACUAAUCUCUGUUGAAGUUGUUUGUGGCUGUUUCCCUCGUAAGAUAGUUUUCUGUUCCCUUCAGUAACGUGUCCCCAGUCCCUUGUAUUUCAAGUUCUAUUAUACUGAAGUACUCUUGUUUUAAUAGUGCCUCCCCAAGGACCUCACCCUGGACAGAGGUCAGCCCUUGACGCCCAGUGCAGGUGACGUCGACACCGCUAAUUGUCACUUUCCAGUCUGUUUUGCUCGACUAAGCAGGACAUUUCGUAAUUGCAUCUCCGUGGGCUGUGAGACUGUGUGAAACUGUUUGUGUGGUCUCCUUGCAGGUGCUGUGUUCUCAGCACCACCUUGCUCUGAACACUGGUUAUUCCAGGUGCUGCGCUCGGCAGAGGGGUCUCGCCAAAGCGCAUGUGUGUGCGUGUGUGAGUGUGUGUGUCCUUUGCAUGGCCGGGCGUGGCCGCCUUGCUCGGGCAUCAGCAGGACAUCGUGUGAAUAGUUACAAUGCUUCCAAACUGGAACUCUACAUUUUGUAUCUUACUUUUAAAGCUCCUAUAAGUAAAAUAACUAUUGGCUUUAUUAAAAAUAUACAUUUAAUAAUA